AUGGGUAUGACAUGGGUAAAAUGGGACCAUUUAUCAACAUUUGGCAUUGAUUUGGUUGGAUGUCAAAAUUGGAAAAUUCAAAACGGUUUUCCAUGUAACGCAUACACUGGCGAUACCGAUUGUAACACAAAAUUACCCGUGUUAUGUGCAAAAUUUGAUCAAUCACCAAGACCGGCGUACGGUAUUUACGGUCAAGGAGCUGCAAUGAGUCCAGAAUUUUAUGCCGGUUGGAAUAUGGGUCAUAUAUCAACAACAGUACCUGUUAAGGGAUCAAGUUAUAAAACUUUGUCUGCUGUUGAUAUGUUUUGUGCAACAUCAUUUGGCAAAGGGUGGCGAACGGCAACAUUCCAUGAUGGACAAUUUAUUUAUGGUAUGAACAAUACAGUUUAUGCCGGAGCACAGUGGUCAUUAAACGUGAAAAAAGCUCAGUCAGGUGAAAUAUUGAUAAUAAAUGAAACUCAUGAACCCGACUUAUAUUGGGCAUUACGUGGUGGCGGUGGAGGUUUCUUUGUUAUUGUAACAGAAUUGAAGAUUCGAUUAGUGAAAACUCCGUCACUCGUUACUGUUGUUUCAUCGACGUGGCAUCCAAAUGCAACAAAAUUAGUAAUUCAACGAUAUCAAUGGUUAUUAUUUAAAGAUAAAACAUUGAGUCUAAAUAAUAAUAUAUUCUUAGGAAUGGGUGUAAGUAAAGGUGGUGCACAAAUUUCAAUCACAUAUUUUGGUAUCGUAUUGCGCUACGCCUCGUUUUUGCCGCCGCAACGAAUGGCGCCUGUUCGACGACGACGCGUGAUUCAAUCGAUUCUUUUGCACGUACUACGAAAGAAGAAAACAUUCGAAAAACUAGUCGAUGCCUUCAAACCAAGCCAAUCGGUGAGGAUAGAGCAACUCGUCUCUGAUUAUGUAUUGGGUCAUUUCUUUGAUCGGGCUGAUGAACAAAUGUCUCGAGUGGCUCUGCUGAUGCCGGGAAGAGAAUCCAUCUUUAGUGAAUACAUUCCCCAAUCGAGACUGAGUCACACUCGAAGAUCGAAUGGUGAAGGCUUAACAUUGACUCAGAUGUGUGAUGUUGCAGCAAAUGUAGGAGGUCAAGUCGGUCUGGAAGCCAUUCGGGGCUUUCGUUUACCAUCCGCUCGAUUGACUUACGGACCGUACGAGCAUCAUCCAAUGGUUGGACCGAGUGUUCUCGGUCAACAGACACCGAAUGAAUCGAUUCGAUUGAAAGAUCUUUUGACAGAUGAAAAUUAUUCCGCUGAACAAAUGAUUGAAAUGAUCGAUGAUGAAGAGACUGAAGAGAAAGUUCCACGCGCCCAUCGACAUCCAGCCAAAGGUUCCACCCCAUCACCAACAAAGACUAACAACAAACUGAAAGAUUGGAGAGGAAAAAUUUCUCAACCGAAUUUACCAUAA